AGGGAAAUUGAUUCAACACAUUUGCUUCAAUAUUGAACAUUGUUGUGGAUCAUAACAUUACAUGUAACUGCUUUCUGUGUAUCUGCUGGAUUUAUAAUGUAAAACUAGAACUGGCUUUAAAAAGAGGAGUCUUGGAUGUGACAAAUUUAGGUUUGCUUCAUUCAAACAACCAGAAAAUGAAUAAGCAGACAUCAAAGAUUGCAGGCACUGAGGACAAAAAAUGUGGAAAUGGUGAAUACACUGACCACUUUCUUGGCAACCAUGCUGUUUCCAGGGCAAACUCAAUGUCGUCCACUCAAAAUACUGGACUACCUGGACAGAUUUCUCCUAGCAGGAGUUGGCAUCACAGCCUCUCAACUUCAGAACAUUCAGAGCUAAGAUUUGAUGUGAGUGGCUUUGACAGCCACAGGAGGUUAUCUCAAGGGUCAAGGACAGCAUUAUUUGGUAACCAUGACAGCCAUCUGAGGCUCAGAGACCCUAAGUUUGUAAGUACAUCAAGUAGUCCAGAAAAAAGUCCAGGGGUUGAGUCCGAUGAUUCUCUGUCAUCUGCGAGUAGUUGUGGUCCAAGACAAGCUACAGCUUAUAGAAAGCGUAGUCUGAGACACAGAAGGAGUGAGGACAGAGACUUGGGAAAACUGCUGUCUGAUAGUGUAGAGGAGGCAGAAUCAUUAGCUUACCCAAGGUCACAGUUGGGUGGUGAUGAAGGUCGCAGGUUCAGGAAUGGUCACCGUCCUGCUAGUGUAUGUGGAUAUAAUGUCCUCUGGGAGAAUCGAGUUCAGGAACUAGUUGAAUUGUUGACUAGAACAUCCUUGGAAACUCACAAACUUGAUUUGAUGGCCGAAAUUUCCAGCCUCAAGAUCAAACUCGCGUCAGCUGAUAAGGACAGACGAGAUCUGGAUGACAGGCUCAGGCUAUCUCAGAGACAUGCAAAAGAACUGGAAUCAAGAUUAGCUGUAAAAGAUGCCGAAAUCAAUGAACUGCGACAGAAGCUGUUGAGGAAUGGCACAAUUUCAGCUCCGGAUUCAAGUGGAGAUUCUUCAGUGUGCAGUUUAGAGAAAUCAGUAGACAGAGAAAAAACUUUAGAUAGACUUAAGCGCAAACAACAUGAAGUUGAAAAAUUGAAGAAGGCCGUGGAAGCUUUGAUGUUUUCUAACCAGGAGAAGGACAAAAGAAUUGAUGAAUUACGUAGGCUUUUACGAAGAUACAAGAAAAUUGAAGAGAUGGUGGUUCAGGCUCAGGGUCGUAAGGCUUUAGAAGAGAUGAUUUUAAACGCAGAGGAUGAUACCAGCUCCACAAGUUCCACAACUCCGUCAAUAAGUGACAAUGUCCCCAGAGAUCAACAAAGUGAAGAAGGGAAGGAGAGACCUUAUCCAAAUCCAAGUGCCACUAGUACUCCAGUGCACUCUUUGCCAGAGAAUGGCAUCGGAACAGGAAGUUCUACUGUCCUAUCUGGGUCAUCUCGCCGAGCUCUGCAGCGCUCCAACAGUGCUGAGGAUGUUACACCCACCAAUCAGAAAAAAAAAUCCUCAAUAAACAACAAUGAACCUGAGGGAUAUCACAAUGGAGGAAACACUCUUAACUUUGGUACGUUUCCGGGUGAGGGUAGUGAGGUUCGAAGGUCUCGGGGUUUCCUUGCGCUCGGAACAGCCCUGCUUCGUGUCAAAACGGGAAAACGGAGCACGUCAGCUCCAAACCUAGCUAACACAGAAGUAGUGACAGAUGAUGAAGACGGGUUACAGCAUGUUGGGACAUCCCGUCCGCCGGAUGUGAAGAAGAAAAAGGGGAUCCGGGGGCUGUUUGGGAAAUUAAAGAGGAGUGGAUCGCAAGAUUUUCAUGAACGUGAGAGAGACCAGUUCAGAAGGGGAGGCGUGCGAGCAACAGCUACAGCUCGACUUGGAUGGUCUCGAGAUGUGCGCAGUAAUGAUGAGAUGCCGUUCUCGAGAUGGGACUGUGAACGGGUGUGUCUGUGGUUGAAUGACUUAGGUCUCAACAUGUACCUAAUGGACUGUCGCAGAUGGGUCAAAAAUGGGGAACAACUCUUACGAGCCACUCAGCAUGAAAUAGAGAAGGAGCUUGGGGUAAAGAACCCCCUUCACAGAAAGAAGCUCCAGUUAGCAUUACAACAGAUCAGCAGCACAGGAAAAGUCAAGAAACAGGACCUGGAUCACCACUGGGUUACACGUUGGCUGGAUGAUAUUGGGUUGCCUCAGUACAAAGACAAUUUCUAUGAUGGCAGAGUGGAUGGUCAAAUGCUGCACUAUCUUACAGUGGAGGAUUUACUAUCCCUGAAAGUGACCAAUGAACUUCACCAUGUCAGUAUCAAACGGGCCAUCCAAGUGUUACAUGCCCAUGGAUUUAACCCCCAGUGCCUUCGAAGAAGACCCUCCCCUGAUGAGGGUCAGUUACAAAAUAUCCCAGCUGAUGUCUCAUUGUGGACGAACCAUAGAGUGAUGGAAUGGCUUCGUACAAUAGAUCUGUCAGAGUACGCUCCCAACCUUAGAGGCAGCGGAGUUCACGGAGCGUUAAUUGUCUUGGAACCAAGAUUCAAUGCUGAAUUAUUUGCCCAGAUUUUAUCAAUCCCUCACAAUAAAACUUUGUUAAGAAGACAUCUUAGCACUCAUGUGGUGGCCCUCAUUGGCAACGAAACUCAGCACAAAAAGAGGGAGGCAGAGUCCACUUCUGGUUAUGUGCCACUCCUACCUAGUGCUAAAGUCAAGAGUAAGAAGUUUGGGAUUUUUGGUCACAAGAGGAAUAAAUCAGAUGCUGAUUUGGAGGAUUUUAUCUGCCCAGACUUUACAAGGAGACAGAACGGGGUGCCCCAAACAAAGGAGAGAGAUGAAAAGGCUGCUAAAGAAAUAGGUGCUUACUCUAAAGAGAUCAAUACUUUAACAGAUAUGCUUGCUCGUGACAAGUUUCUGGACAAUGUACCCACAUCUAAUGUGUGAGUCAAUGCUGAAAACAUAAUAUUUACCAAAUAUGAAGUGGAUCAAAACCCCUGCCAUUGAAAUCAAUCAUGAAACCAUACACAGGUGGACUCUACCCACGAUCAGGUGUUUUAUGGAUAAAUUUGUUUACUUUGGUUGUGAUGGUAACCAAAUGUGCCUUGCUGGUGGCUGGCCACUAUUAAGUAUCUCACAGAUUACAAGUUUGCCAAAUUUUUAUCUUGUAUUUAUAGUUUUAAUGUGUUUUAUUGAGGUUGUAAAAUUGUGAACAAAUGAAAUUGUAUAAAAAUGCAAUUGUGUAUAGAUGAAAUUAUGUCCAUAGUUUGUAUAUAUGAAAAUAUGUAGUUAGCAAUUAUAGAAAAAAAAUUAUAUACUGUAAAUUGAAACAUUCAGCUAUCAUAUCAUCUUUCAGAUUUAAAGUAUUUUGAUGGUAGUUGUCUUUUUUGCAUGUUCUUGGUUAUUUUUCUUUCUAGGUAAAUUAUCAUAUACAACCAUUCUAAUUCAAGACAAUAUAUUUUUUAUUUUAUGUUUUACAGCAACAAAAGAGAUUUUUAAGUCAAUAUAGUCAUUCAGUGUCUCAAGCAAGUUCUAGUGCUAAAGUAUGAAUACAUACUUGGAUUAAAAAAAUAUUCUUUUGGUUUAAAGUAAAUUGCUUGUAUUAUUGGAUAUUAAUUUUUGAAAGGGAAGAAAUAAUUCAUACUGAUAGGGUUAACUCAAUUUUAUUUUAUCUUAGAAUUUAUUUUCCAAUGAUUUUGUCACAUUUUUUUUCAUUUUAUGUGUUAAAAUACAAAGAGUGGAAAAAUUAUGAUUUAAUUUGAACAGAUGUUGAAAGGAAAUUUAGACAGAUCGAGUCCUUCAGAUUUUGCUGGACAAAAUCAAAUGCAAAUUAAGUUUUUCUCUGUUUUCCUUCAGAAAUACUUCCUGUUCCCAGAACAUUGAAGUUUUCAGCAUCAUUUUUCUACUCAUAUGCAUUGUACUUUUAAUACAGUUUUUGUGAGACCAGUCAUUUUCAUCUUAUUAAAAGCAAAAUUUAUAUUUCUUUAAUUAACACAUUAGCAGAAAUUCUUUAAUAGGGAUUUCAUCAGGAUUUUUCAAACACUAAUUUCAAACAUUAAUUAAUAAUGUAUAUUCUGUUGGGGGAAAUUAGAAGGAAAAUAAAUGGCAUAGCCUUAAGAAUCUAGUGUAGAAAAUUACAAUUUUUUUGUGCCUGGAUUUGUUUUCAUGUUUGUUUACAUGAAAACUAAUUAAAGUAGUUCCCUAUGAGUAAGCUAUAGCCAAGUCAUGGGAAGAUAUUUUGAAAUUAUGUGGCUGAAAAUAUUCUAAUCUAAUCUUUAUUAUAUCAAUAUGACAUUGUAAUAUGUUUGCAUAAGUUAAUCUCCAACACUGCUGCACAAUAUUGUAGAGCUUUUUUGUUUUUAAAAAUAUUUUUAUGGAAAAGCUUUCAAUUGAUAUCUAUUAGCUUGCCUGAUUUGUUAAUGCUUGAAUUGAUUUUUUGCUGUUAUUUGUUAAUAUAAUUCAAAAUGUAAUCUUUUACGAACAUUAUUGUGAACAAAGCUCAUAUUCAAUACAUGAUUUUUUCUAAGAUAAAAAAAUGCUAGACAGUUUUAAAAUUACGUCCUGCUCUGUAAUUCUUUCAAUUCGGUUUUUAAACAUUGCAGAAAUGAAAAUUUAGCUAACCAUAGAAGUUAUUUAGAAAUUCUAAUUAUGUGACUGAGGUUAGGAUUUUUUUUUUAAAUAACAAUAUUAAGUUCAUUUACAAUAUACACUUGUUUUUACUUCCUCAUUAUGGAACUUUAAUCAUUGCUUCUCAUGGUAUGAUUAUAAACUCUAUUGAGAUACAGGAAAUUAGUUCUAUCAGAAACCUUUUGACUUUGUAUUUUUAUGUUGUACUAGUAUUUUCUUUUCAUAGACAUUAUGUUUUACAUUUCUUUCCAUAAAACCAUGUUUUAGAAUGCAAAACAAUAAAAUCUAUUUUAAGUGAUA